AUGCUGUUAAAUAACAUCAAACCAUUUUAUAUUUUGGAAAUCUUGUCAACGGUUUCUAAACAAUUUCGUUUGUUACAAAUAAGGAAUUGUUAUAGCAUAUUUGGUAUAAAUGAUUUGGUCCAACAAGAAAAACCUGAAAAGUAUACAAUCGUCCCAGUGCAAACAUAUAACCACGAAACGGCUGUGCGGUUGGCUAAACGGUAUUUCCUCAGCGACCAUGUCUUCGUGCGCGCCCGCCACAUGGAUCUAAACAAUGAUAGUGCUGUCGACGAUUACAUUGCUGGUCUUAUUAAACAAGGUAACUCUAUGUUCGCGAGAACAGAUGGAGGUGCGAUUGCUGGAGUCUGUAUUAAUUUUGUCGCCGAACCAGACGAUCCGAAGAAACUUCGCAACUAUGCAUUUUAUCGACAGGACCCUAAUACGAAAGACUUUUUAUAUUACACCGCAAAGCUGCAAGAAACGCCAAAUCUUUGGAAUACAUUCAAUGCGGACAAAAUUUUCGAGAUUAAAAUGAUAGCUGUAUUACCGGAAUAUCGGAGACAGGGUGUGGCCACGAUGCUUGCGCAGAAAUCGAAGACUCGAGCAAAGGAUUUGGGAUACGAUGUCAUUCGCAUGGACUGCAUUAAUCCAUAUGAUUACAAAAUAGCCGAACGUUGCAUGCUAUCCUGUCUCGCAAAGUUUUCUCUGCACAAGUUGCGCGGUACAACAGCGCCGUUUAUCAAGAAAGCCUCGGAACAUAACACGUGUGUACGCGUAUAUGUGGACGCGCCCGCCAAACAGGACUCGCCUGAGAUGAAGAUGGCUGAUUUAGAGAGCAUGUUUGAAUAA